UAAAAUAAAUAUUAAGAAUAAAAAUAGUUCACUUGAACUUAGUUUAAUUCAAAAUGAGUCAAGAUAGCUUUAAAAGUGAGAUGUCUGAGUUUGUAAUUGAUACUGGUUUGCGGCUACAACCGGAAGAAUAUAUUAAGUUGAGACAAUGGUUACGCAACCAUGAAAUCACUACUCAAAAACUGAGUCGUGAUUUUUCCGACGCAGUACUGAUGGCUAAACUAUUUAAACGCAUUGUACCAAAACAAAUUGAUUUGCACAAUUACCCCUCACGCAACGGUUUCCAAUCCAAAUUAAAUAAUUGGGAAACAAUGAACAAAAAAGUAUUUUCCAAACUUCGUAUAAUGUUAACCAAAUCGAUUAUGGAAAAAUUAGCUAAGGCAGAGCCAGGCGUAAUUGAUACAGUGCUCUUUGAGGUUAUGUUAAUGGAAAAGGAAAAGCUCGAGAAGGAAGCCAAACCUACUCCACAAGAAGAGGAAUGGCGCCGGAACGAUGACGUUAUGAUGGUAAUUGUAAACAAACAAGUUGGUGAUUUAGUCGUACAAGUACCGCAAAAAAUGAUCCUCUAUUCUAUAUAUGAGGAAGUCGCUACUGAUUUAAACACUAAUAAGGCAUAUUUGGCAGCAGCAUACCAAAAGAUUGCACAUUUAGAGAAUCUAUUAAAAUUGAGAAAUGAACGUAUUAAUCAACUUAACGAACAACUCGAAAAAUUACAAUCACUAAAUAUGGUUACAGAAAUGUAGUUCGAAAUGAUGAACAUUAAUAAAUUUAGGACUAAUUCAUACUAUUUGUAAUGUGUCUUCGGUUAUUUAAGAUGAAAAUUAAUGUUUGUUUAAAUUU